UUGUGUCCCCUCCAGGUGCCGUUCCCAGCUCUUCAGGGGGAAGGGGUGGAGUAUCUGGGCCGGGCCGACGACGCCGUCAUCGCCAUCUCCAACUACAGGGUCCACAUCAAGUUCAAGGACUCCGUCAUCAAUGUGCCUCUGAUGCUGAUAGAGGGUGUGGAGAGCAGAGACAUGUUUCAACUGCACAUCGUCUGCAAGGACUCGAAAGUUGUCAGAUGCCACUUCUCCACGUUCAAGCAGUGCCAGGAGUGGUCUAAACGUCUGAACCGGGCCAUAGCGCACCCUGGCAGGCUGGAGGAUCUGUUCGCCCUGGCCUACCACGCCUGGUGUCUGGGGAGCAGCACUGAUGACGAGGACCAGCACCUACACCUCUGUAGACCAG